CCACGACAGAUAGGAAGAUGCAGGUGCCUUGAUUCUGCACUUCAUCUCCCGUGGGCUCCCGACUUUACUCCUCUCUGCGGCGCAAUACUUAGCAUCGCACGUUAGUACCUGCACCAACGUUGCCUUGCACCCUGGUCUCCAGCCUAGUUACCGAUUGCGCCUGCGGGGCUCGCAAACAUGGUGGGCAAGACUCACGACCAUGGCACUGAGAGUCUGCAACAGCAGUCAACCAACGACAGCACGUCCGACGAGCACAGAAGUUUGAAGGACAAACUGAAGAAUCCCUUCUCCGACCUUCGAGACAAGAUGAAGGAUUCUUCGCUCUACGAUGCAAAAGUCAAGGCCAUCCACUUGAAACAUCGCAUCGGCAAGAUGGAGAAUCUAUUCAAUCACAAUCAUCGCCACGACGAGGCCCACGAGCAGGCGACCGACGCCAAACGCACCAAAAUCGCCGAGGGUCAUCGCUUUCAGUCUUUCUUUCCCGAGCGAGACGGAAAUCUCAUCAAGUGGUAUGUCGACGGCCGCGACUAUUACCACGCCGUUUCCAUUGCUCUGGAGAACGCAAAGGAGUCCAUUUACAUCGAAGACUGGUGGCUCAGUCCCGAGUUGUUCCUGCGCAGACCGCCGCACACUCAGCAAAAAUGGAGACUGGACCACACCAUCAAACGCGCGGCCGAGCGCGGCGUCAAGAUCUACGUCUUCCUCUACAAGGAAGUCACUGCAGCGCUGACCUGCAACUCGGAGCACUCCAAGCACACGCUCGAGCAACUCUGUCCCGAAGGCACUCCCGGGUACAAGAACAUUGUGGUUAUGCGCCAUCCCGAUCACAACUUCUUCGAAAACGCCGGCGACAUGACCUUCUACUGGGCGCAUCACGAGAAAUUCAUCGUCAUCGACUACGACACUGCCUUUAUUGGCGGCCUCGAUCUCUGCUUUGGCAGAUGGGAUAACAAGCAGCACCCUCUCGCGGAUGCUCAUCCUACCAACGUGCAAAACGAGAUCUUCCCGGGCCAAGACUUCAACAAUAACCGCAUCAUGGACUUCCAGACUGUGGACGACUGGAAGAGCAACGAACUCUCUAAGACCGAGUACGGCCGCAUGCCAUGGCACGACGUAGCAAUGGGCCUCGUUGGACCUUGUGUGUACGACAUUGCCGAGCAUUUCAUCCUUCGUUGGAACUUUGCCAAACGCGACAAGUACAAGCGGGAUGAUGAGUAUGACUGGCUGACCUUGACCGGACGCACGGGCGAAGACGAAGAUCUUGUCGGUGUGCAACGGCCGAAACACCCUGUGGGAGAAUACAUUCAGCAUCCACUGUCAGCACUUGAGCACAAGCGUGGAAAUCCCAACCUCAACCUCAAUCUUGUCGAAAGUCAACAGCAGGCUGGCCCAGGCGCUCACUCCGAUGGCGAGGACGAGUUUCAUGAUGCUCCAGAGACACCUGGAGCACAUGGCUAUGUUGAGGGCCAGCAUCGAACGCCGCAGACCUGGCUGUCUGACGGAUUGCACGAAGGCCGGAUUCACCGGCCCAACUUCCAGCAUCACAAGACUUCGGAGAAGCAUCCGGGUGAGGCUCAUGGUAACCAAUCAAGCGGACAGGAGCACGAUAAGAUGACUGGCAACGACACCAAGAAAGAAGGCACUGUCUCGGCGUCGGGAGGCGUGACGGAGAAGCUGAAAAGCUACUCCUCCGACAUCGUGGACUACGAAGCCCCCGGAGGCUAUGGAACGUUGCACGCACAGAUCGUGCGCAGCUCGGCGGAUUGGUCCAGUGGCAUUCUGACCGAUCAAAGCAUUCAGAACGCCUACUGUCAAGCCAUUCGAGGCGCGCGGCACUACGUCUAUAUUGAAAAUCAGUUUUUCAUCACCGCGACUGGUGAGGAGCAGUCACCCGUCCACAACCUCAUCGGCAAAGCGAUUGUCGAUGCGUGUGCUGCAGCCGACAAAGAGGGCCGCACCUUCCGCGUCAUUGUCAUCAUGCCUGCCAUACCUGGUUUCGCAGGCGAUCUCAGAAGUGAUGCUGCAGCAGGCACCCGCGCCAUCAUGGACUACCAGUACAAAUCGAUCAGUCGAGGAGAGCACUCCAUCUUUGGACAAUUGACUGCGCAAGGCGUAGAUCCGGCGAAAUACAUCUUUGUAUUCAAUCUCCGAUCAUACGACCGCAUCAACAAUACCCCGGAGUCGAAGAAGCAGGAGAAGGAGUCUGGGGUGAAAUACCAGCAUCUGCAAAGAGCUCAAGCGGAGGAAGUGAUGGGUUCUGGUGUCCACGGAACGCCGGGAGAGCACAAGAGCAAGAGGGCGGAAGCGAAGAGAAAGGCGCGCAAAGGCGGCCAUGCAACUGGACUCAAGGGUCUGCUGAGUACCAAGAAGCAGGCCGAGGCCGGGAAGGCGGAGAGCAGCUCCGAGUCGGAGUCGGAUGAGGAGGAUGGUCCCCCGGCGGGAGCUCAAGACAAGAAGCAAGAAGACGAGCAACAAAAUGAGAACCAGCCCGCGGCCAAGCGCGGGGAAGAUGCUGCAGAUAAACGGGAGGAACUGGAACAACGUCGGGAGGAUGAAAAGACGGAAGGCAGGGGCAAGGAUGACGGGAAACAAAUCUCCGACUCGAUUGCGCACAAUGCCAUGCUCGACGGUGGGAAAGUGAGUGACGAGGUGUGGGCGGGGCGUGGAGGAGGACAGCAAGACGGCAUGGAGGAGAAUGAAGCCCGGGAGCAGGAGAAGGAGAACUUCAUCCAGGAGCAGCUGUACAUCCAUGCAAAGGUCCUGAUCGUCGACGACAGACUCGUCAUCUGCGGCUCAAGCAACCUCAACGACCGCUCGCAACUGGGAUUCCACGACUCCGAGCUCGCCAUCGUCAUGGAAGACACCCGUGUCCUCCCCUCCAAAAUGGACGGCAAAGACUACGCCGCCGGUCACCACGCCGCCACCCUCCGCCGCACCCUCUGGCGCGAGCACCUCGGCCUCCUUCCCGCGCAACCCCUCGACGCCGACUCCGAUCCCAACGCCCAGAUCCCCGACAACGGCGAAAACAACUACCUCGCCAACGACGACUGGGACGCCUUCGUCGCCGACCCCCUCUCCGACGACCUGUGGAAGAUGUGGACCGAGCGCGCGACUGCGAAUAUGCUCAUCUUCCGCCACCUCUUCCACGCCGACCCCGACGACAACAUCAAGACGUUCAAGGACUACGAUCACUUUAUGCCCAAGAAUACGCACAAGGCGGGCCACUUGUAUGAUCCGUAUCAGCCGGUUGAUCUGGUGCGCUCGGAGCUGGACAAGAUUCGCGGGCAUUUGGUGUGGUUUCCGCUGAAGUUUUUGGAGGAUGCGGAGAUGGCGGAGAAGGGAUUGCAGGUUAAUGCGUGGACGGAGAGUGUAUAUACUUGAUUUUGGGGUGCGUAGGUUUGGGGAUGGGAUUGCAUUCAACUGCUGCCUAAUGAGAG